AUGGGUCCAAUUUCCACAGAAGAGCUUCACCUGUUUCACAAAACUCACCGUGAGGUCUUCUGUCUCCUCAUCUUUAGACUGCAUCGUGACCUCACACAAUCCCUUCUGGUCAUGGCCUUGUGGAUUUGGCUAGAACACAAUGGAUAUCCCAAUAUCACCCACAAAAUUAUGGGUUUACCACAUGCUUCGGUCAGUGAUCUUGUUGAUGAAGUAGUAUCUUGUUUAAAAUGCUUAGAGAGAGAAAACUUUGCCACCCCAAAUAAUGGUGGCUUGCCCUUAACACAGAAUCUAACACAAAAGGGCAUAUCUCUAAGAAUGUUUAAGGAGAAAAGGUACACCAUAAUUGCUGGUAUCAAAAGUGUUCUGAAAAAUAUUUGUGCUCGAAUUUUUGCUGAUGUUGUGCAGAUAUUCAUAAGAAGCAGGAACAUCAACAGAGUUGGCUCAUCACGAGGUAACAUGUCAAAUAUGCCUCUAACUAUCCCAGGUUUUCCGCACCCUUUGUUUGGUACCUUCGAUAUUGCACCAGACACUUCUUCUAUGAACCUUGACCUACUUGAUAUGAGAAUUUGGAUGAAGGGGCCUUGUGAUGAUGUUACCACCGACGACAAAUCCAUUUUUCUGACAUUUUCUAGAGGUUUUCCUGUGUCAGAAGGCGAGGUUAUAAAAUUGUUUAAACGUUCAUUUGGAGAUUGUGUGGAGAACUUGUCCAUGGGAAACACUAGUGUCCAAGACCAGACUUUGUUCGCAAUAAUGGUUUUGAAGACUGUGGGAACAGUUGAUCAAGUUUUGAACGGGAAACGUGUUGCAAAGCUUCAUAUAAAUAGAAAACAUAUUUGGGCUCGCAAGUAUGAACGUCGUGAUUAA